GUAUCCCGUAUGUUCAAAGUAUGCCUCUUCCUCCAGCUCUACAGGCGCGAUUGCUAAAGCGAGGAAUACUGAAAGAUGCGCCUGCGAAUGAUGACAGUUCCAAGGAUCAAGUCGACGCGACGAAUAGAAGUAGUGUCGUCGGUCCUGAUUGGAGGGAAGUGCCGGAUGAAGAAAGUGGAUACUAUUACUGGUGGAAUACGAAUACUGGUCGAGUCUCGUGGCUCCCUCCGAAUGACCCUGAGUGUGUAAUCACCAUACCAGCAUCUCAGCAGCCAACGACAGUAGAUGAGGUAGUCAUGGUACCAGAAUUCUCUUCGGUUAAGCUUGACUUGAGACAACGCAGAGACAAAUCGGCUCCUCAUAGCAAGAAAGACAAAGGAAAGCAACGACAGCAUUCACACCAUGCAGAGUUGGAUCCCAUGGAUCCUUCAUCAUAUUCUAAUGCCCCGAGAGGGACGUGGUCUAGUGGACUGAAACCGGAAGGUGAGGCAAAGACCGGUGUGGACACGACUGCAACCGGUCCUCUCUACCAAAUGCGUCCGUAUCCGAAUCCGGGAGCCAUUCUCAAAAUGAAUUCAGAAGAAGAGCAAGCGUCCAUUGGACCAACAAAGAACUAGCUUAACUACUGUACUACAGUCAAUAUAAUACUAAAAUGAUAUAUACUUCUAUACCUCUAAUAGAUUCGUUGAAAC